UCCUUCUAGUAGUUUCCGGCGUGUGACCGACCUCGCGUCCUCGAACAGAAGUAGUGAAACCGAGGAGUUUCAGCUUUCUGAGUUUUAUUUUGUAAAAUUGUCAGACAUAACCAUGGUUUUCGAGAAAAAAAUGCUCACACACGGGGACCCCGACGAUGAGGAGGAAGAUGCCCCUGCUGAGGAGGAGGAGGAAGAAGAGGAGGAAGAGUUGGUGGACCCUCUAGAAGCGAUAAGAGCCAAGUGUGAGGAGACUGAACACUGUGUGCACUACAAGGAGCGUCUGGAGCUCUGUGAAACCCGGGUCAGUUCAAGGUCCAACACUGAUGAGGAGUGUACAGAAGAACUCUUUGACUUCCUGCAUGCGCGGGACCAUUGUGUCGCACACAAGCUGUUCCACAAUGUGAAAUGACAAGCCGUCCAGUAGACCCGAUAUAAUUUCUGAUAAUGUAAAAUAAUCUACAAAUGAAGCCUGUUGUUGUUCUCCUGAAUUCCCUUUGACUACGUUCCUGACACCUGUUUGUAUGCAGUGCAUACUAAUAUAGCUGAUAGCAGUAUCGACAUCAAGAGUCACUAAUAACAUAUUGGAGCAUACACUUUAAAAAUUUGUGUCAAGAAGGGAUUGGCUGUAAUGAAAAUGUGAUGAGGUGGAAUGUUGGAGCAAAUAUGCUGCUACAGUAAUGGAAACCGGCUCAGGUUUGGUCAUGACUUCACUCUGCUGACCAGAAAAUAAAGGUUGUCUUUGGAUUCCA